CUCUUGUCUGUGCAUGAUGGGCUAUUGAUCUUUUGUUUGAUUCGUGGAACACCCUCAAUGCACCUUGGGUUUUUACAAGGUUGGCCAUGUUUUUUGAGUAGUGCGCGUAAUAGCCAAACAAGACGACUGAGUUAGCCUCUCUACUUCGGCCAAAAAAAUGUCGCGCGACGAGCAAGUCGGCAAAGUGACGCUCACGACACCUUCGGGCCGGUCGUCCGUCGAGGUGCUUCAGUAUGGCGCGACGGUGAUCUCAUGGAAGUACGACGGCGCUGAGCAGCUCUUCCUCUCCCGCCAAUCUCCGCUCGACGGCUCGGCCGCCAUCCGCGGUGGCAUCCCGAUCAUCUUUCCCGUCUUUGGCAGCCCGAGCGAGUAUGAGGACCACGCGGGGCUGGAGAAGCUGCCGAAGCACGGAUUCGCGAGGACGGCAGAGUGGAAGGUCAUCGAAGGGCGUGUGGACAAGGAAGUCACUGCUUCGUGUGUGCUGGAGCUCAACUCGGUAGAUUACAAGGAGAUUCGGGACGCCUACCAAUGGCCUGUUCAUCUCGAAUACCACAUUCGCCUUUCGGACUCCCCUGCGUCGCUCGAGUGCAGCCUGAAAGUCAAGCACCUCGCCGGCUCUUCCACGAUGCCCGCACGCUUCCAUGUGUUGCUGCACAACUAUAUUGCAGUUGGUGAUGCGACGCAAGCGGGCGUGUCUGGACUCAAGGGGGUUACCUAUGUGGACAAGAACGCGUCCAAGGCGCGCGUCGCCGAGUCGAGCGACCCCAUCUUGCUGCACGGGCAGGCGUCUGACCGGGUGUAUCAGGGUGGUGCGCCGGAUGUGGCACUGCUGUACAACGACGGUAGUGGCCGGCAGCUCGUCGUGAGCAGGAGCGAAACCCUUCAGGACACGACUCUUUGGAACCCGGCGGAAGCAGCCGCGAAAGGACUCAAGGAUCUGCACGAGGGCGGGUGGAGGGAGUACAUCUGCAUCGAGCCUGGGAGCGUGGCUGCGCUGAACGAGCUGCCAGCGGGUCAAGAGUGGGUCGGUACGCAGCAGCUCAGGAUUGUCGAGGGCAAAAGCAAAGUGUAGUACGGCGCACAUCGACAAGACUGGUGCGUGCUGAGCAUCCAAGCGCACGUAUGACCUGGUGAUAGGCUACUACUAGAAUGGUAAAAGUGAUAAUACGCAUGUCGUUUUCAUAGGGCAUCACUGAUGCAUGCUUGCGUACGUGUCUGCUUGCUGCCGGGCCCAAGCGCAAAGCAACCGCUGCGAGGGAGGGGAAUGCUGGACGGGCGUCAUCUCGAAAGCGAGAGGUGCUCAGCUCCACAUGGACGAGGGCAGGGUAUUAUCAUUCCGAAUGUAUCCAUUGCUGCGGAAUAGACCUUUGAAU